GCCUCUCGAGAGUCCCGGAGCCCCGCUUGACCGCGGCUUGAGGAGUUCCUGUCUUCACCAUGCCGAUGAAGGGUCGCUUCCCUAUCCGCCGUACGCUGCAGUACCUGAGUCGCGGGGAAGUGGUAUUCAAGGACUCGGUGAAGGUCAUGACCGUGAACUACAACACGCAGGGGGAACUGGGCGAAGGCGCCAGGAAAUUUGUGUUUUUCAACAUCCCUCAGAUCCAGUAUAAGAAUCCUUGGGUGCAGAUCAUGCUGUUUAAGAACAUGACGCCAUCGCCCUUCCUGCGCUUCUAUCUAGAUUCUGGGGAGCAAGUCCUGGUAGACGUGGAGACGAAGAGUAAUAAGGAGAUCGUGGAGCACAUAAAGACAAUCUUGGGCAAGAAAGAGGAGACCCUCAGGGAGGAGGAGCUGGAGAAGCAGCAACGCUUUCAUCCAGGCAACUUUGGCCCCCGGAAGUACUGCCUGCGGGAGUGCAUGUGCGAAGUAGAAGGUCAGGUGCCCUGCCCUGGCCUGGUGCCCUUACCCAAGGAAAUGACAGGGAAGUACAAAGCUGCUCUGAAAGCCAGUACUUAGGUCUAACUAAGCAAGGUCAUCUGGGAUGGACUGGUGGCAUCUGACUGGCGGAGAUGGAUUACACUGGUACCAUAAAUGAUGGAACUCUGCAAUGGAAAGGCCGGCUUGCACAUCCAUUUAAAGGACAUGGGAUGAAGGCCAGGUUGCCAACUGCUGAAUAGAUGUCAAUAAAAGAUUUAGUCUUCCUAUA